AUGAGUUCAAAGGGGAAAAAAUCGUUAAAUGAUGAUAAUAAUGAAUAUGGAAGGAAAAAAAAGCGCCUAAAAAAGCUAGCAAAUGAUUUAUUUGAUGAUGAUGAUGAUGAUAAUGACUAUGAAGAAAAAGAAAAAUCAUAUAGUAAUGAUAAUGUUAAAAUAAAGGAUAAUAAUAAUAAUAAUAAAGGAGAUAAUUUAGAUGGAAGAAAAUCAUUAAAUAAAAAUAGUUAUGAUAUAAAAUCAUAUUUUAAGCCCAUUUCAAAAAAAGUAGAAGAAAAAAGUUCCAUAAAAAAAUCAAAUACUAACGAUAAUAAAGUUGCUGUGAAAAAUGUAAAUGAUUAUUUUAACUUACUACAAAAAAGUAAUACAAACAUAAAAAGUGAAGAUACAAAUUCUAAUGUAAAAAGAGAAAGGGAUGAAAAUGAUAUAAUAGAAGAAAAUGAAAAUAAAAAAGAAUAUACGUCACCAGGAAAAAAUAAAACAAAAACCGAAAACAAUGAAAACAUCCUAAAUUUUGAUUAUUUACCUUUUAAUAAUCAAAAAUUUGUAUUAACAGGAGUAUUUAAAAAAUUUUCAAGAGAUGAAUUACAAAAUAAAAUAAAAGAACACGGUGGUAGUGUAAUGUCAGCAGUAUCAACAAAAACGCAUUAUCUAAUUCAUGGAGAAUACCUAGAAGAUGGUAGACUGUAUAAUGAAGGAAGAAAGUAUUUAAAAGCAUUUGAAUUACAACAACAAAAAAAAUCAAAUAUUAAAAUAUUAAAUGAAGAAGAAUUUUUAAAAUUGCUUCCAGAAGAAAAAAAUGAUGUGCAAAAUUCAACGUUUAAUGAAACCAGAAUGCAAGAAACUAUAAAAAAUGAAGGAAGUGAUAUAUCAAGUCAAAAAUUUACAGAUACUAAUUAUAAUAAAAACAACAAUGACAUUGAUAACAAUGAAAUGAAUGAUGAGAAAAUACUUAAUCAGUUAUGGGUUGAAAAAUACAAACCUAAAAAUAUAAAUGAGUUAGUAGGAAAUAAUCAAAAUGUUAUAAAAUUACAAAACUGGUUAGCUAACUGGGAAGAUGUGUGUAUAAGGGGAAUCAAAAGGGAAGUAAAAAAAACCUUUCGAGGUGUAUUUGAAAAUGUAAAUGCUCGAUGUGCUUUGUUAAGUGGUCCUGCAGGAAUUGGAAAAACAACUACAGCGAAAAUUGUAUCUGAACAAUCUGGUUAUAAUGUUAUUGAAUUUAAUGCUUCAGAUGACAGGAACAAAGCAGCUGUUGAAAAAAUUAGUGAAAUGGCAACAGGAGGUUAUUCCAUAACAUCAAUAAAGAAUCGCAAAUUAACAAAAACAUGUAUUAUUAUGGAUGAAGUAGAUGGUAUGUCAAGUGGUGAUAAAGGUGGUAGCACAGCUAUUUUAAAAUUAAUAGAAAAAACAAAAUGCCCCAUUAUAUGUAUAUGUAAUGAUAGGCAAAACAACAAAAUGAGAACUUUAGCUAACAAGUGUUAUGAUUUAAAAUUUACUUUACCUCAAAAAAAUAGCGUCGUAAAAAGAUUGUUAGAAAUAUGCAAUAAAGAAAAAAUUGUGAUGGAACCAAAUGCCCUGGAAUUAUUAUGGGAAAGCACUCAUGGAGAUAUGAGACAAAUGCUAAAUACUCUACAACUUUUAUCAAAAACUUAUACAAGAAUUCAAUUUUUAGAUUUAAAAAAAGAACUUAAUAAUUCUAAUAAAAAUGUACAAUCAUUAGCUAAUCCAUUUGAAAUAACACUUAAACUUUUAAAUUUUCAUGAAUCAUCAAAAUUAAAAAUAAGAGAAAUAAUGGACCUAUUUUUUGUUGAUUAUGAAUUAAUCCCAUAUUUUAUUAGUGAAAAUUAUACUAAUGUUUUUAAUGACAAUGAUAAAUCAGCUGACUCUUUUAAAAAAUGGAACGGAUAUUCUCAAAUAGCUUAUGAUUUAUCUUUAGCUGAUAAAAUAAAAUAUAAUAUGAAAAGUACAAUGGAUUUUUCUUUAUUACCUCAUUUUUGUAUUUUAUCUUGUGUUUGUCCAGUUAUGCGAAUAAGACUACUAAAAUAUUUCAUGUCAGGAAGAGUUAACUUUCCUUCAGCGUUUGGAAAAAUUUCAACUUUUAAUAAAAACAAAAGAUUACUCAAUGAAUUAUGUUUUAAUUUAUCUUACAAACUUAAUGUAUGCCCAAAAUAUAUGGUUACCUCUGGAUUUUUAAAUUAUAUAUACUUUAAAAUUAUGACUAUGUUACUUAAAAAUAAUACAAAUGAAACAAUAAAAUUUAUGGAAGAUUAUAAUAUUACAAGAGAAAUGAUAACUGAACAUUUACCUUCUCUAAGAUUACCAAAUCAAGAAAACUUAUAUGACAAACUUGAUUCAAAAGUAAAGUCUUCAUUUACCCGGUUAUAUAAUGCUUCUCAUGUUAUUAAAAAUGAUCCUAAUUCUAUAAGAAAAAGCUUUAAAUUAAAUGAAAAAAGUAAUAUAUUUAGAAUUAAUGAAUAUGAAUCAGAUGAAGACAAUGAUAACUUAAGUGACACAAAAGAAGAAAAAGACAAUGAUUUAUUAAUUAAAAGUAAUAUAGAUAAAAAGGGUACUAUGAAAAUUAAAUCUACCACUAAACCUAAAGCUGUUAAUAAAAAUAUAAAAAAAAAAAAAUAG